GCCUCACGGCCCCGGCCCUCGCUUCACCCCGACGCCCCGGCGUGCGCGUCCUCCCGCCGGCCUGCAGGCCCGCGGCCUCCGCCCGCCAGCCCGCCGCUGCUCCUCGCGGCCCCGGCUCGCGUUCACGCUGUCGCCCGGGCCGGCGCGGCCGCGGGCCACCGCUCCCCCUCCCACACCUACCCCGCCCCCUCCCCGCCUUUUCCGCCCUCCGGUCCCCCUCCCUCGGCCCGCCGCCGCUGCUCCAGAUGAGGUGAUGGCAACGGCCAACUUCGGCAAGAUCCAGAUCGGGAUUUACGUGGAGAUCAAGCGCAGCGAUGGCCGAAUACAUCAAGCAAUGGUAACAUCUUUAAAUGAAGAUAAUGAAAGUGUAACUGUUGAAUGGAUAGAGAAUGGAGACACGAAAGGCAAAGAGAUCGACCUGGAGAGCAUCUUUUCACUUAACCCUGACCUUGUACCUGAUGAGGAAAUUGAGCCCAGUCCAGAAACACCUCCACCUCCAACAUCCUCAGCCAAAGUAAACAAAAUUGUAAAGAAUCGACGGACUGUGGCUUCUAUUAAGAAUGAGCCUCCUCCAAGAGAUAAUAGAGUGGUUGGUUCUGCACGUGCACGGCCUAGUCAGCUUCCUGAGCAGUCUUCCUCUGCACAACAGAAUGGUAGUGUUUCAGAUAUAUCUCCAGUUCAAGCUGCAAAAAAGGAAUUUGGACCCCCUUCACGUAGAAAAUCUAAUUGUGUGAAAGAAGUAGAAAAAUUACAGGAAAAACGAGAAAAAAGGAGACUACAACAGCAAGAACUGAGAGAAAAGAGAGCCCAGGAUGUUGAUGCUACAAACCCAAAUUAUGAAAUUAUGUGUAUGAUCAGAGACUUUAGAGGAAGUUUGGAUUAUAGACCAUUAACAACAGCAGAUCCUAUUGAUGAACAUAGGAUAUGUGUUUGUGUAAGAAAACGCCCACUCAAUAAAAAAGAAACUCAAAUGAAAGAUCUUGAUGUAAUCACAAUCCCUAGUAAAGAUGUUGUGAUGGUACAUGAACCAAAACAGAAAGUGGAUUUAACAAGGUACCUAGAAAACCAGACAUUUCGCUUUGAUUAUGCCUUUGAUGACUCAGCUCCUAAUGAAAUGGUUUACAGGUUUACAGCUAGACCACUAGUGGAAACUAUAUUUGAGAGAGGAAUGGCUACAUGCUUUGCUUAUGGACAGACUGGAAGUGGAAAAACUCAUACUAUGGGAGGUGACUUUUCAGGAAAGAAUCAGGAUUGUUCUAAAGGAAUUUAUGCAUUAGCAGCUCGAGAUGUGUUUUUAAUGCUAAAGAAACCAAACUACAAGAAGUUAGAACUUCAAGUAUAUGCAACCUUUUUUGAAAUUUAUAGUGGAAAGGUGUUUGACUUACUAAACAGGAAAACAAAAUUAAGAGUGCUGGAAGAUGGAAAACAGCAGGUUCAAGUGGUCGGAUUACAGGAACGGGAGGUCAAAUGUGUUGAAGAUGUAUUAAAACUCAUUGACAUAGGCAACAGUUGCAGAACAUCCGGUCAAACAUCUGCAAAUGCACAUUCAUCUCGGAGCCAUGCGGUGUUUCAGAUUAUUCUUAGAAGGAAAGGAAAACUACAUGGCAAAUUUUCUCUCAUUGAUUUGGCUGGAAAUGAAAGAGGAGCUGAUACUUCCAGUGCAGAUAGGCAAACUAGGCUUGAAGGUGCUGAAAUUAAUAAAAGCCUUUUAGCACUCAAGGAGUGCAUCAGAGCCUUAGGUAGAAAUAAACCUCAUACUCCUUUCAGAGCAAGUAAACUCACUCAGGUGUUAAGAGAUUCAUUCAUAGGUGAAAACUCUCGCACCUGCAUGAUUGCCACAAUCUCUCCAGGAAUGGCAUCCUGUGAAAAUACUCUUAAUACAUUAAGAUAUGCAAAUAGGGUGAAAGAACUGACAGUGGAUCCAACUGCUGCUGGUGAUGUCCGUCCAAUAAUGCACCAUCCACCAAAUCAGAUUGAUGACUUAGAGGCACAGUGGGGUGUGGGGAGUUCCCCGCAGAGAGACGAUUUAAAACUUCUUUGUGAGCAAAAUGAAGAAGAGGUUUCUCCACAAUUGUUCACUUUCCACGAAGCUGUCUCACAGAUGGUAGAAAUGGAAGAACAAGUUGUAGAAGAUCACAGGGCGGUGUUCCAGGAAUCUAUUCGAUGGUUAGAAGAUGAAAAGGCUCUUCUAGAAAUGACUGAAGAAGUAGACUAUGAUGUAGAUUCAUACGCUACACAACUUGAAGCUAUUCUUGAGCAAAAAAUAGACAUUUUAACUGAACUGCGGGAUAAAGUGAAAUCUUUUCGUGCAGCUCUGCAAGAAGAAGAACAGGCCAGCAAGCAAAUCAACCCGAAGAGACCCCGAGCCCUUUAAAUUGGUAUUUGCUGCUAAAGGAUCCCCAGAACCCUCGCUACUGUAACAUACAACGAUUCAGUUGUAAGGGCCAUUUGAAAGUUUGAAAUUUUAAGUGUCUGUGGAAAAUGUCUUGUCCCUUCACCUGAAUGACAUUUCAAUUUUGUGAAGCACUCCUUUGUCUACAAAAUGCUUCUAGUCCAGGAGGCACAACCAACAUUUGGGAAUAGUGAAGCAUUUUGUUUCAUUCACCCAAAUGGUGAUUUACUUUUGGAGAUCCUUGCCAAUUUUAUUUUCCAUAUGAUGAAGUAAGAUUGUGGACUUGAUCCAGAGGCGAAUAGUAGGAGGAUGCCACAGCAUUUCCUUUUAACUCGGUUUGAUUUUUGUAGCAAGACUGAGCAGUUUUAAAUCCUUUGCGUGCAUGCAUACCUCAUCUGUGAUUGUACAUACCUUGACCACUCCUAGAGACAGCUGUGCUCACCUCUUCCUGCUUUGUGCCUUGAUUAAGGCUAUUGACCCUAAAUUUCUGAAGCACAGCCAAGAUAAAUUACAUUCCGUAUUUGUCAUUGUAAAUUACCUUUCUUGUGUGUACAUUUUUACUGUAUUUGAGACAUUUUUUGUGUGUGACUAGUUAAUUUUGCAGGAUGUGCCAUAUCAUUGAAUGGAACUAAAGUCUGUGACAGUGGACAUAGCUGCUGGACCAUUCCAUCUUAUAUGUAAAGAAAUCUGGAAUUAUGAUUUUAAAACCAUAUAUGUGGUUAUAAUUUUCUUAGCAUUUCUUUGUAAAGAACUAAAAUAUAAACUAGUUGGUGUAUAAUAAAAAGUAAUGAAAUUC